AAGCUUUCCAAGGUAUCAAAUUCGAACUUAUUAAUAUCGUUUCUUCCGAUAAAAAUUGAGCAAAACAACUUCAACGAUCGUCAUCCCUUUCUUUGUUAUACUUGAUUUUAGUUUUCCUUCAUAAUCUAUGGCAGACCAGAGGCCGUUCGGUCGCUUUCGAUUGCCUUGGCUAUCAGCUACCACUGCUCGUCCUGCUGUUGAACCCCAACCUGCUCGUCCUCCAGUUGAAAUAAUUCAAGCUCCUGCGCAGCCGGCAGCCACCUUUCCUGUUCAACGUCCCCCAUUUCGACCUGCAGGGAUAGCCUCAGUAUUGCCUGUUCAGUCUCAGCCUCAGGCACCACAAAGAGCUGAAACUCGGCCACCAUCACCAGCUCGUUCAACCAUUGAAUCCCAGUUGCCAGCUUCGCCUUCUCGUGCGAGAACUCAAACACGAGGUGCCUCUGUGCCUCCAUCACCAUCUCGGGUUGCUUCGCAGCCAGCAUCGCCGUCUCGUUCAGCAAGUGAAGGUCGUGCUGCCACUCAAACCCAAUCACCAUCUCGUGUAGCUCCACAGCCAAGAGCUGCAUCUGUGCCACCAUCUCCAACUCGAACCUCUUCUCAGCCCCAACCAACUGUACAAACAGUCCCACAGCCAUCUCUUUUUGCCCCGCGAUUUGCAGGCCAAACAUCCUCACAACCCUCCUCUCCAUCUAGGGGGGCUACUCAAGUGCGGCCACCAGUUCCUCAGCCGCCAUCUCCACCAAAGAAACCACAACCCACUGUACAGGAGACCCUGCAGCCUCGAGCCGUAUCUACUCAACCCCCAUUAUCAGCCUCUCAACAAGAAUCAAAGCCUGUAGAAUUAUUGUCACAAGCAACGAAGGAAACCAAAGAAGGCAAAGAAGUUGAAUUGCUGAAAAGAGAGACAAAUGCUCCAACUAAAGAAGAAUCAUUGAAGAGCUCAAUACUUGGGAUCGGAGCACAACCCAAAGAGCAGCUGAUGAUUGCGGAAUUUCAUUCUGAAAAGAAGAAGCAAGAGAGGGAAGAUAAGAAGACAACGAGCAUCAGCUCCAGUGGCGAACAUAUCAAAACUGUGAGCUCAACUCAACCAAAGGGCAGGAACAAAUUAACUGAAUCUCAUCAAAAGCCUGGCAUGGCCAAUGGAGAACAAGUUUCAUUUCAAAAAGAUAUCAGAGACGAUAUUUUCAAGUUCGUUCAUAAGCUGGGAGUAGGACAACUAAAGUAUCCAGGGGAUGAAAAACCAGUUAGCAUUGUGACAAUAGCUGGUGAAAACAGAGGGGCAUCUAUGCAUGUGGGUUCAGAACCAGCAAGAAAGGAUGGGUCCUUGCACAUUCACCGGGGUUAUAAACUCAACCCAGAUGAUAGCACCGGAGCAACCACCGAUGGAGAUGAAAGCACAAAAGGAAGGUCAAAAACUCCUGCCAGAGAAGAGCCGGUUAAGAAGGCAUAUGUCAACAGCAAUACACAGAGUAUCAAUAACUCAAUGCUAUUUGAAAGUUCAGUGAACGAGAGAAAUCCUGGCGUUCAGCUGGUUCUCUCCCAGAAUCUAGCAGAACCCAUCAAUCCAAAUGCUAAACCAGAGACUAUGGAGACACACAAGGCUGAGUUCAAUAUCACCCCUGCUCAGAAGCUUACUUACGAACCCACAAUAAGACGAAGAUGCCUAAGAGGGCUUUUCUUGGAACCAAGUGACUCGGAUCCUGAUAAUCCUGAAAAGCCUCGAAGACAUGGUUGCCGCUAUAACUGUGCAGAGAUGGGUAAAGACAAAGACUUGGGUGUUCUUUGAGCUAUCAAAUCACAAUCUCAAGCGUCCAUCCACUGCAGAAACACAGUUAUUGUGUACAAGGCAAUAAAGAUUCACAAAAUUGAUAAUAAGGAUGCGAUAUGCAUCCAGAAAAUCAUGCUUUUAUGACCCGUCUUUUCUAUUUUCCUUCUGUAAUUUUUGGUUGCAAACUUGCAACCAUGCUUUUUACAAAUAAUAAUACUUCAGCAUGUUAUGAUAA